AUGUCUGCACCGAUCUAUUACUCGAUCAAGGACCCCACGACCAAGUCCGUGUUUGUGUACUUGUCUGCGGGGGAUGCCGACCAAAAGGAUGGAUGGUGGCAAGCGCGUGAAACCGGGACGCUAGCAGCCACAAGGACGUGGGUCAACAUGUUUGGCAAGUUCUCCCCCACGGCAGUGAAUACGACUGUCCUGGUCAAAGGCCACCACAUCCAGAAGAUCUCGAUCGGUAACGUGGUCCACUACUUUCUUCGGCUUAGCGAAGACAACCUGGAGGAAGUACUGAACUCGAACAAGAAAAAGGCUCCAUUUGACCAACCAAACGAGUUCUACGCCGACGCCCAAGCUGUCAAGGACGUGCUGAAGGCCAUCAUUGUUGCUGAGGCGACCAAGGUAUCAAAGGUCACGGCGCACUACUCGGACUUCCUCGUUGACCCGAAUGGAGACCACUCAUUGCACGUGGCAAGCGGCCGGAUUUUGGCCGAGCUCCUCGAUGCCGACACCCUCUUCAAUGAGUGCAUAUCCCAGAUUCCGUACUUCGGCUACCAGCAUUGGUUGGACACGGUCAACAUGAACGACCCGGAAAUGUCGGCUCAGCGCGCAGCAUGGCUCAACUUGGGCGUGGGGAUUCUGACCCAGUACCCCCGCGACAUGUGGUCCGACCAUUCGGUCGCGCUGGGGCGCACGUAUACGGGCAGUGCCAAGUUCACGUUGGUGGCGUGUGCGUUCUAAACAUGAUGAAUACUUAAUUUUAUUGCUGCGAUGAGCUUG